AUGAGCACCUCAAAAUACGCCAACAAACUCGCCAACACGGCCGUCCUGAUCAUAGGUGGCACAUCCGGGCUCGGAUUCGGCCUGGCAGAAGCCCUCCUGGAACACAACGUCGCGCACCUGUACAUCGCGUCCUCGCGACAGCAGAGAGUCGACUCGGCCAUCUCGCGCCUCCGGUCCGCGUACCCGGACUCCAAAACCGCCAUCACGGGGCUGGCGUGCAACUUGGGCGACGAAGCCAGCCUCGAAGCCAACAUCAAGAGCCUGUUCUCGCAGAUCGGCCGCACACUUGACCACGUGGUCUUCACCGCCGGCGAUCCGCUGGCGGCGAAACCCCUCGCGGAGAUCGACUACGUGUUCAUGAAACAGGCGGGCAUGGUGCGGUUCUUUGCGCCCUUCUUCGUGGCAAAGGAGGCUGUCCCUUACCUGGCCCCCGGGCCCGCGAGCUCCAUCACCCUGACCACGGGCUCGGUCUCGGAGAAGCCGCUGCCCAACUGGGCCGUCGUGGCGUCGUACGCGAGCGGGCUGUACGGAAUGACGCGCUCGCUCGCCCUGGAGCUCAAGCCCGUGCGCGUCAACUUGAUCUCUCCUGGCGGCGUCGACACGGAGCUCUGGGAAGCCAGCUUGGGCGACAAGGGCAAGGUGAAGGCCGCGCUUGACGGCAUGCGCGCACACGUCGCUACCGGCGAGGUUGGCCGCGUCGAGGACGUCGUCGAGGCCUUCCUGUAUGUGCUGAAGGACAGGAACGUCACCGGCACGUGCAUCAGGAGCGACGGCGGCGUGUUUCUGAUGUGA